GGAAGACAUUUUGGUGAGAAACACUUUCAAAUCUCAAAGCACAUCCUAGAUAACCGGUGUGUGCACGUCCCGGUUUGGAGUGCUUUUUGUGCGGCCACACCACCCAUCCGCGCUUGGCUUCUUUAUUCCGCUCCACCGAGGCUGCCCCGGCCUGACAUGCCAUUGCCAACCUCCCACUGCUCCUCUGCUCCUGCAACGCUUGCGUCUCCGCCUCUGCUGCCUCUGGCCGCGAGGGGUGUGGGGUCUUGAGAGCUGCGGCCGGCCGGGUCGGGCCAACGGUUGCUGUGCCGGCGGUCAAGAAGAGGCCAGUCAUGUCGCCGUGGGUGCUGAGCGUUUAGGUAGCUCGGGCGGCGUCCAUGGAGGGGAGGAGGGGCGGCGCUGUGGCUGGGGUGGUAUGGUUGUUGCUCUUCGUCUUGCUGUGCGGCGGCGCGUGCGGGCUCAAUGCCGACGGGGUGCUGCUCAUGUCGUUCAAGAACGCGGUCACCGCGGACCCGCUGGGCGCGCUCGCCGGGUGGAGCUACAACGACCCGGCGCCGUGCGGGUGGAACGGCGUCGUGUGCGCCGGGUUCCAGCAGGCGGACGCCGCGGCGGUGAACGUGACGUCGGCGUCCGGCGACGGCAACACGACGGCCUUCGCUUUUACCGCGUCGAACGGCACCGCGUUGGUGGGGGGCCUCGGCCUCAACGCGUCCCUGGCGGCGGCGACGGUGUCGCGGGUGAUUAGCCUCGUGCUGCCCAACGCGCAGCUCUCGGGGACGCUGCCAGCCGACCUCGGCCGCGUCGAGCACCUGCGCCACCUCGACCUCUCCGGGAACAGCCUCAACGGCAGCCUUCCCGCCACGCUGCUCAGCGCGUCCGAGCUCCGGGUGCUCUCGCUCGUGGGGAAUGGCAUCUCCGGCGACCUCCCGGAGGGGUCGGUGUACACGCGCAGUCUCCAGGAGCUCAACCUCUCGGACAAUGCGCUCUCCGGGCACCUCCCCGCCGCGCUGUGCAGGCUGCCGAGCCUCGCCGUGCUGGGGCUCGCGAACAACUACCUCGCCGGCGAGCUCCCCAUCGGGGGGCUGGGGGCGUUAGAGCUCGUCGACUUGAGCGCCAACAACUUCAACGGCUCCCUCCCGUCGGAUUUCGGCGGGAGUCGUCUCCGGCUCUUUAACGUCUCGUUGAACAACCUCACCGGCGCUCUGCCGACCGAGCUGUCUGCCGUCGUCCCGGCGAACGCGACGGUGGAUUUGUCACACAACAACUUCACCGGCGCGAUCCCCCAGGCCGGGCCGUUCGCCGUGCAACCGCCGGCGGCGUACGAGGGCAACCCGGAGCUGUGCGGGCCGCCGCUGAAGCAGGCGUGCUCGAUCCCGUCGUCGCUGUCGAACCCGCCGAACGCCACCGACUCGCCGCCGGCCUUCGCGGCCAUCCCCAAGAAACCUGCUCGCACUCCGCCGGGCGCCGACGGGCAGCCCCAGGAGCCGCGCGGGCAGGAGAAGCUUCGCCCCGCCGCGAUCGUCGCCAUCGUUGCCGGAGACAUUGCCGGCGUCGGGCUCCUCUUCAUGCUGUUCUUGUACGCUUACCACGUCAGGAAGAAGAGGCGGCAGCGGCGGCAGCAAGACCCGACGCCGCUGCAGCAGAAGAGCACGCGGGAAAUCCACGGCGGGGUCAAGAUGCUAGAUAUCGCCGGAGGCAAAGAAGAGAAGGCAUCCACAUCGACGGGGUGCUGCAUUGGCCGCAGGAACGACAGCUCGGACAGCUCCGAGUGCUCGAUGUCGUCGGACGGCGAGUCCGACGACGGCGAGGACCGCAAGAAGAGAGAAAGCCUCAUCGGUCGGACCACCCCGCAGGACCACGGCAGCAAGAAGCACAAUCAGCCCCAGCAGCAGGCGCGCCCCGCGCCGGCGACGCUGGUUACAGUCGACGGCGACGGCGUGCUCGAGAUGGAGACGCUGCUCAAGGCGUCGGCCUACAUCCUCGGCGCCACCGGAUCGAGCAUCGUGUACAAGGCCGUCCUCGCUGACGGCACUGCGCUCGCUGUCCGGCGCAUCGGCGAGAGCGGCGGCGCCGACAAGCUCAAGGACUUCGAGGCCCAGGUGCGCGCCAUCGCGCGGUUCCGGCAUCCCAACAUUCUCCGGCUCCGCGGCUUCUACUGGGGCGCCGACGAGAAGCUCCUCAUCCAUGACUACGCCCCCAAUGGUAGCCUCGCCAACAUCGCAUUCAGCAGGCGGUUCGGGGCGUCGUCGCCGCUGCACCUGAGCCUGGAGGCGCGGCUGCGGAUCGCGCGCGGCGUGGCACGCAGCCUGGCGUACAUCCACGAGAAGAAGGGCGUGCACGGCAACCUGAAGCCGAGCAACAUCCUGCUGGGCGCCGACAUGGAGCCGUGGAUCGGCGACCUCGGGCUGGACCGGCUGCUGUCCGGCGAGGCGGCCGCGCACCGCGCCGGCACGUCGGCGCGGCUGUUCGGGAGCAAGCGGUCCAUGCACUCGACGAGCAGCCUCCCUGACCUGUCCCAGAUGACCGGCCCCGGCGCGAGCCCAUGCGGGUCGGCGAUGUCGUCGGCCGCGGGCGCCCCGCCGCCGUACCAGGCGCCCGAGUGCCUCAAGAACCUGCGGCCCAACGCGAAAUGGGACGUGUACUCCUUCGGCAUGGUGCUCCUGGAGCUGCUCUCCGGGCGGGUCUACUCCGAGGUGGAGCUGUGCCAGUGGCACGCCGGCCUGGUCGCCGAGGAGCGGGGCCGCGUGCUUCGGAUGGCCGACCCCACGCUCCGCGGCGAGGCUGACGGCAGGGAGGACGCGCUGCUGGCCAGCUUCAAGCUCGCCUUCGCCUGCUGCGCCAUGGCGCCGAGCAAGCGGCCCGCCAUGAGGGACGCGGUGAUGGUGCUCGAGAGAACAGCGGCGCCGACGACCGGCGCGUCGACCAGUUCCGGCGCCAUUCCUUGAGAACUUUGACCUUGUAGUGUUUGUUACUAAUUGCAAUAAUUUUGCUACAAGGAAUGAUGAUAGCGCCAAUCACUAAUGCCAAAGCUUGUGUUGUGUUGUAGGGUUUGUAGAUUUGUGUCACUAAUUUUGGCGGUUUUGUGAAACUAA